UUUAAACACACUGAAAUAUGCUUGCCAAAUCUGUAGAGGAACUAGAACAAGCCAUUAAAAGUGGGGAUACAUCGAGAGUGGAAGAACUAAAACAAAAAUUCAUUAAAGAAUCCAAAGAUAAAUUAUCAGAAUGGCUGGAUCAUCAAUAUGGCUCUACUGUUACAGAUAAUGCAAUAUUCAGCGUGCUUCCAAGGUAUUGGGAAGACGCUUUCCAUAAAGAUAUGGAUGCUUUGAAUGUACUCAGACCUAAUGUUUUGACUAGAGUCAGUGAAUACAUUCCCGAAAUAAUUAUUUAUAUUGAAAAAAUCAUCGAAAAUGGUCUGGCAUAUAAUGCCAAUGGUUCUGUUUAUUUUGAUGUUGCCUCUUUUGAUAAAAAAGAAAAAUAUCAUUAUGCCAAGUUGGUUCCAGAAGCUUAUGGAGACACAAAUAGCCUACAAGAAGGAGAAGGUGAUAUUACGUUUUAUAUUUAUAUAAUUGACUUUUAUUAAUGUAACUACGUCAGU